AUGGUUCCUAGUUGGAUUCGUUUCUGCUGCGCCACGACGGGAACUCCAACAUUUCAUAUAUUUUUAAUAUUUGAGCCUAAAAAUGGGAGGUUUUCUUUCCCCAGGUGUUUUGCAUGUCUGGGAGGGACAAGCAGAGCGCCGUUAUGGUCCCCCAAAUAAUAACUCAAUCUCACCCCCCCAGGGCAGGCUGGGGGCUGGGAGAAGAAUGAGGGGGGCCCCUGUGGGAGUGGGGCAGGGUCUCCCCCAGCACUGCCCGGGAAUCAGCUGCGUGUGGGCCCAGGUGUGGUGGCAGUGAGGUCCUGAAACCAAGCCAGCUCUGAACCAGGCCACCUUCUGGAAGGAUGCCAAGGCAGACCCCCUCCCCCGCUCCUCCCCGGCCUCCAAGAGCCUCUUCAAAGUAGCCCCUCCCCCCAGGCUGCCCCCGGGCUGCUCGGGCAGGCGGGCGGGGUGGGGGGUGGGGAGCCAGGGGCUCUCUGCUCGGCUCCCUCCCCCUCCCCCGCGGCAGCCCGGCUGGUGGAGUCAACUGACCGACAGAUGCAGGUGCUUCCGAGGUGGGGUGGUGCCAGCAGCCAAGGGGUUAAUGGUCCUGGCCGGGGCCCCCGCGUGGGACCGCAGGGGUCAGAUGUCCUUCCAGCAUGGGGACAGGCACAGAGGCUGCUAUUCCGGGGCUCUGAUCACGGUCACCUAUUUAUAGCGCUGGGGGGGGCCUCUGCCCUCCCCACAGAAGCAGCGGAGAGGCUGCUCCGCUGCAAUGUCACUGGCGGCGUCACCGCCACUGCAGGCUGCUGGUACUCGCUGCUGCCGCAGGCGACAAAGGGUGAGACCCCGGGCCGCCAGGCACCGUGUGAGGCGGGACGCUGCUGGCCACAUGGGCAGCACCAUGGAGCCCCCCGGGGGCGGGUACCUGCACCUGGGCGCCGUGACAUCCCCGGUGGGCACGGCCCGCGUGCUGCAGCUGGCGUUUGGCUGCACCACCUUCAGCCUGGUGGCCCACCGGGGCGGCUUUGCGGGCGUCCAGGGCACCUUCUGCAUGGCUGCCUGGGGUUUCUGCUUCGCACUCUCGGUCCUGGUGGUGGCCUGUGAGUUCACGCGGCUGCACAGCUGCCUGCGCCUGUCCUGGGGAAACUUCACGGCAGCCUUCGCCAUGCUGGCCACGCUGCUGUCCGCCACGGCCGCGGUCAUCUACCCGCUGUACUUCACCCGGCUGGAAUGCCCACCCGAUCCCGCAGGCUGCAUGGCCAGGGACUUCCGCCUGGCAGCCAGCAUCUUCGCCGGGCUCCUCUUCCUGGCCUACGCCGCAGAGGUGGCCUUGACCCGGGCCCGGCCCGGCCAGGUGGCCAGCUACAUGGCCACAGUGUCGGGGCUUCUCAAGAUCGUCCAGGCCUUUGUGGCCUGCAUCAUAUUUGGGGCGCUGGUCCACGACAGCCGUUACGGGCGCUAUGUGGCCACCCAGUGGUGCGUGGCCGUCUACAGCCUGUGCUUCCUGGCCACGGUGGCCGUGGUGGCCCUGAGCGUCCUGGGCCACACGGGGGCGCUGGGCUGCCCCUUCGACCGCGUGGUGGUCGUGUACACCUUUCUGGCUGUGCUCCUCUACCUCAGCGCCGCCGUGAUCUGGCCCGUCUUCUGUUUCGACCCCAAGUACGGUGAGCCCGGGCGGCCCCCCAACUGCCCUAGAGGCAGCUGUCCCUGGGACAGCCAGCUGGUGGUGGCCACCUUCACCUACGUCAACCUGCUCCUCUAUGUCGCCGACCUGGCCUACUCCCAGAGGAUACGCUUCGUGCCAAGCUUGUAGCCUGCUGGGCAGCGGCCCACCCGCCUCUGCUCUCCAGGGGCUCAGACACCCCAAGGGGACUCAGGCGAACCCAGGACCCCGGGACCUGCAGGAGGGAGGCAGCCAGGAGAGCCAGGGCUUCUGGCAGCGCUCAGCAGGUGGGCUCAGGGAGGGGCCGAGGGGCAGAGGGGCAGAGGCCCUGAACAGGUCUCGGGGGAGAAGCCUCUGCCAGGCAGCUCCCCACCCCCGGUCCCUCUGUGUCCAUCGCUCUGUUCUUGUUCUCUCUGUCUCUGUCUCUGUCUCCCUCCGCUGGCCCUCCCCGCCUCCACACUGGUCACAGCCACACGCAAGAAGCCUUUGGAGCAGGCGCUGUUGUGACCCACUUCGCAGAUGGCGCCCCGGGACUCGGAUUAGGGAGUCGGCCCCACGUGGCCGUCAGCAUCUGCAGCCCACGCCGGGCUGAGCGACUAAGUACCGCUGGGAGGGAAGGGGUCGGAGGGGAACCCAGGAGAGGGCCGGAGCCGGCGCUGCCUCCGGCCUCGAGGGGGCAGUUCCUGGAACCCUGGAAGGAUGGCUACCCAAGCAGGACCCUGCCAGGGCACCUGUGCCAGCUCAAGAAGAAGGAACCAGGGAGUUCCCAUCGUGGCGCAGUGGUUAACGAAUCCGACUAGGAACCAUGAGGUUGCGGGUUCGGUCCCUGCCCUUGCUCAGUGGGUUAAGGAUCCGGCGUUGCCGUGAGCUGUGGUGUAGGUCGCAGACGCGGCUCGGAUCUCGCGUUGCUGUGGCUCUGGCGUAGGCCAGGGCUACAGCUCCGAUUGGACCCCUAGCCUGGGAACCUCCAUAUGCCGCGGGAGCGGCCCAAGAAAUAACAACAACAACAGCAACAAAAAAAAAAAAAAAAAAAAAAAGAAGAAGGAACCAGAAAUCGGAACUCCAAUUCGUCCGCCUCUGAAUGGCCACAGUCCUGGAAGCCGAGCAAGGACUCUGGUGUGGCUGCACAGGCAGCCUCAACAAGCCGGAGCCAGCAGUACCUCUAAGAGCAUAGCAGGUCGAGGAGAAGCUGGGGACCCCCCCGCCCCUGGCAGGGAGCCACCACUGGGCUCCCCCUGCUCUGGCUCCAUGCAGCAGCUUCCGCAGUGCCUACCAUGGGCCCCAGGGUCUGGCCCAGGAGAGGACCCGCCUGGGGCAGCCACUGGGACACGAAGCCUGGGCACCAGGCAUCUCCUUGAUGCUCACAGGACCCCGACCUCCGCUCGUAGCCAUUUGUCCAGCCGCUGACCCCCAGGGCCUGCUGGUACCCUUGCCCUCCACACUCCAGCCUGCUUCUCCCACUCAAGAGCCCAGACUGGGCCAGCCCAGAGCAGCCCAUCCGCUACCCAAGCACAGCAGUCACUCAGUGCAUAGACUGGCCCAUGGCCUUGAGCAGGAAAUAAACACCAAUGCUGACUGGCACCAAGCCCUUUCUGCUGAGGGGGUGGUAGUGAAACGGGGCACUGUACCCCCGGGGCCAUCUGCUAAGAGUGGUCCCAGAGAGGGUCCAGGACUGGGUCUGGGGAGGAGGAAGGAGGCAGCCGUGGGGGUCUGGGGUUCUCUGGUGGUGAGGGCAGCCUCCCAAGAAAGGGCCCCGUGGUGUCCUCUCUCUGGGUGGGUGACAGCAGGGAGCUCUCUGCGCUGACGUCACCACCGCGGUCUCGAGGGGUCCAGGCAUGGCAGUGGGCAGCAGACCCAGGCAGCUUUUAGGCACGGGCCUGAGAGCUCCUUGUGUGGGUGCCAUGCUGAUGCGAGAGAAGCGACCUACCGGCCGGACGGGGAGGGCACAUGCACAGGGGGCCUUUACCUGGGGAGGCCAGAUUCCAGAGGGGGCAGGAGUUGCUGUGGCCUGAGAUGUCCUGAGGGCUCCCUGGCUGAGGGAGGGUAGGGGUUGGAGGUGUGCUACCUGGUGACAAGGGGGCACAUGGACCACACCCUUCCCAGCCCAUAGGGAGGCCCGUCUUCCUUUUCCAACCAAACUUCUGAAACGAGUUAUCUGUCACCAACUCCCCAAUUUCCUCACUGUCCUGCGUUCUCCUGCCCCCCAGAGCUCCACCCACCCUAAGUGCCAAAGGUUCUAAGGGGGCACAGAGGAGGGGACGGGUUCCAGGGCUCAAGAUGAGCAGGGCAGAUGUCCUCUGUCCUCCGGGGGCCCUGGGGCGUUGUCCCCGGACCGGAGAACUCUACUGGGGAGGACCUAGUUACUUGUUCUUAUCACUUGAGAAACAGCACUUUUGAAAGGAGGGCUCUGGCCUCUGAUUACAGUCAGCCGACACGCCGGGUUUGGGUCUGUGGGUUCGAGUCUGAGCCCUUCCCCGAGCGGUCCACUUCGGACCGACCUCACUCACAACAAUGCCUUGCUCAGCGGGAGAGGAUGCCAGGCCACCACCAGCGUGGGCUGGAGCCUGGAAAUCUGCCAGGGACACGAGCUCACCGUGCAGUGCUCUGGUGGUGUCUGCGGUCCUCGCUGUGCCAAAGAGAACUCACCAACAUCCAAGAAACACGGAAAUCACAUUUCGAACAGCUUGUCACUGCAGGGGACAGAGAACAGAAAAAAUAAAACAGCUCGCCCCUCCCCCGGCGGGGGAUGGGUUGCUAAUGACAAUGG